AUGGAAAAUGCUGAUAAUACCACCACUCAUGAUAAAUCAAAAACAGACCAUUUUGUUAUCGAAGACCUUCUUGAUUUUCCUAACGAUGUCGAAAUGGUACCUCAUGUCGACGAGGAGGCUCCUUUUGUUAAUGAAGUCGUUGACACUUGUUACCCCGACCAUAAGAUUUCUGGAAAUGUCGCGCGACGUAGCACUGAUACUCAAUUCUCUAAUGACCUUUGCGUCCAGUAUGAUGAUUUAGCCGAGCUAGAAUGGCUAUCAAACGUUGUGGAAGAGUCCUUUUCUUGCGAGGAUUUGCAAAAACUGCAACUGCUAUCUGGAAUCAAAACGCGACCUACCAGCGCACCAAACAACCAAGACUUCCAACCCGGGGCCUUGGAUCACGCCCAUAAACAAAUUUCAAAAACAGACAAGUCUGUCCCAGGAAAGGCCCGAACCAAACGUUCAAGAGCUUCACCAGGUGAUUGGACCUCUAGGCUCCACGUUGUUUCUCCAACAUCAUCAACAGGCCCCACAACGAUAAUAUCCUCUGAAUCAGAGACGGAUAUUGCCUCAAGCUCAACGGGUAAGAAAAGUGUGAAAACGACUCUAAAGAAAAAAGAUGUUGAGCAGAACCUAUCCCAAAAAGGGGAUGGACGAAAAUGUCUUCAUUGCGCCACUGACAGAACUCCACAAUGGCGUUCUGGACCAUUAGGCCCAAAAACGCUAUGCAAUGCAUGUGGAGUUCGUUACAAGUCCGGUCGGUUAGUACCAGAGUAUCGUCCUGCUGCAAGCCCCACAUUUGUCCUAGCCAAACACUCGAAUUCACAUCGUAAGGUGCUCGAGUUGAGAAGGCAAAAAGAGAUGCAAAGGGCACAACAAUACCAACCCCAACAUGAACAUUACUUCCAUCAUCAAAAUGUGAUGUUUAGUGCUCCUAACAAUGAUGAUAAUUACUUGACCCCCCAACACUUUGGUCACGAUUAUCGACAACGUAUCUAGUUCUUAAACAUCAACUUAGAUCCUAGCUAGUCUUUGUUUAUGGGUUUUUUUUU